GGAAGGGUACGAUCCUUCCAAAAAAUGGUGCCGUUCAAUCAACUCUUCAGAUUGCUCUAUUCAUUGUUUAUACCUGCCAUGAUAUUAAGUGGAGGUUUAUUUCUCUGUCUGUUGCUUCUACUCUAUGGUUUACGAUUCUGGCUUCAACGACAGAGAAAUCUGCUAAUGCCUCCAGAGAAUGAUGGGAAAAGGCCACUUGUAGUUGCAUUUUUCCAUCCAUAUUGUAAUGCUGGUGGUGGUGGAGAAAGAGUGCUAUGGUGUGCUUUGAGAGCUUUACAGAAAAAGUACAAGGAUGCCUCCUAUAUUGUCUACACGGGUGAUACUGGUGCUACAGCUGAGAAUAUUCUUGAAGGUGCAUACAGGCGAUUCAACAUCAGACUGAAAUACCCUGUGAAGUUUGUGUUCUUGAAUAGGCGCGGCUUAGUAGAAGCUUCCCGUUAUCCAUAUUUCACUCUGUUGGGUCAGAGCUUAGGAUCUCUGUUUCUUGGCUGGGAAGCUCUUACAAAGUGUAUCCCAGAUAUUUACAUUGACUCCAUGGGUUAUGCAUUCACACUUCCUCUCUUUAAAUAUCUGGGAGGUUGCAGAAUAGGAUGUUAUGUUCACUAUCCUACAAUCAGUACUGAUAUGCUUUCCGUGGUCAGAAAUCAGCAUGCGCAAUUUAAUAAUGCAGCCGUUAUCACAAAAAAUCCCCUUUUAAGUAAAAUGAAACUUGUAUAUUAUUACUUUUUUGCUUCCAUAUAUGGAUUAGUUGGUUCUUGUAGUGACACUGUCAUGGUUAAUUCUACAUGGACUCUCAAUCACAUUCUUUCCCUCUGGAGGUGUAGCGACCGCACAAGCAUUGUGUAUCCACCUUGUGAUGUACAGACUUUCCUGGAUAUUCCACUACAAGAAGAAAGCAGGAUUAUAAAACCAACAAUUGUUUCUAUAAGCCAAUUCAGGCCAGAGAAAGAUCACUCCCUGCAGAUUAGAGCCUUUGCUAAAUUGUUGGCAAAAACUGAAGGACAGCAACUAUUGCCAAAGCUUAUUUUGAUUGGGGGCUGUCGUAACCUAGAAGAUGACCACAGGGAUAUGUGCUACUUUAAAAUCAGAAAAGAUAAGAGUCUAAAUUGUGCCUUUUCUUUCUAUGCAAAGUUGCAAUAAAGAUUAAGAAAGAAUGAAAGAACCACAGUAUUAACAGCAAUCUGUUCUAUGUCUUUUAUAGGAAUUGUUGAAUGUAUGGCAGCUGGCACAAUUAUUCUUGCUCACAAUUCUGGAGGCCCAAAAUUAGAUAUUGUGGUACCCUAUGAAAGAAAUACUACUGGAUUUCUAGCAGAAGAUGAAGAUGGCUAUGCAGACUCUAUGGCUCAUAUCUUUUCAUUAUCUCCUGCCAAAAAGCUGCAGAUCAGACAAAGUGCCCGUGAAUCUGUGAAGAGGUUUGCUGAUCAAGAAUUUGAGAAAACAUUCCUAUUGUCUGUAGAGCAGCUAUUUAAAUAAAUUAUUUUGCUUGUAAAUAUAUGACAUACUUGAGUUAUUAUGGCACUACAAAUUAUACAUGUUCUACAUUUCUAUAGUGCAAUAAAGAUUUUAAUCUUUAAAUACUGAAGAUAUCCUGAUACAGCAC